ACCGCCUCGUUAGCUGUCGUCCUGUCGCGCUCGCGUCUUGAGCGGCGGUGGAGGCCGCGCGUCAGUUGGCUUCCGCGCGUAAGAGUCUGAGCUCUGCUGACAGUUGUAACAUAGAAACUGCGGCCCGAGCGCGCGUGAGCCAAGGUCCCGAGCGCUAGCCAAAGGACCUAAAGAAACUCAGGUGUCCUUUGUCACUUGUCCGGCUGUCUUCCGGGAGACAGCUCACAUCUCCCACCCUCCAGGCUCCGUAGAUGCCAGGGCAGCCUCCGCUUCUUGAAAAGCAGAACUUUACCUGUCUGCUUCGCUUUGCCCCCACACACCAGACAUCACCUCACGAAAAUGUUCACUGAAUGAGGACUUUUAUAAACCCUUGUCGCCAUUGUGUAUACUAUGUUCACUGUUUUCGCCCCAGAAUUUGGGAUUCCAACAACCGUCUUAUGGAGGACCCGCCUGCGCAAAUAUUCGGUGGAGUAACUGCGAUUGCUGAAGACUCCCUCCCAUUUUCUCAUUAUUUGGGGCCUUCUUUAAAGUCUCCCAUGUCUCAAUGGACUCCUGAAUAUAACGAGCUCUAUACCUUAAAAGUGGAUAUGAAGAGUGAGAUUCCUUCUGAUGCUCCAGAGACACAGCAGAGUCUGAAAGGGAUCCUUUUGCAUCCAGAGCCCAUUGGGGCAGCCAAAAAUUUUCCUGCGGGAGUUGAGAUGAUUAAUAGUAAAGUGGGGAAUGAAUUCUCUCACUUGUGUGAUGAUUCCCCAAAACCAGAGAAGGACAUGAAUGGUAAUCAGCAAGAACAAGAAAAAAGCGUUGUGAGGAAAAAGCGCAAAAGCCAGCAGGCUGGCCCUUCAUAUGUACAGAACUGUGCUAAAGAGAAUCAGGGAGUGUUGGGACUGAGGCAGCACCUAGAGGCCCCAAGUGAUGAAGAAAACGAUUCUUCCUUUAGUGAUUGUCUUUCUUCUCCUUCAUCCAGCUUGCAUUUUGGAGACUCUGACACUGUGACUUCAGAUGAGGAUAAAGAAGUCUCUGUAAGACAUUCCCAGACCAUUUUGAGUGCUAAAAGUAGAAGUCAUAGCGCACGGUCUCAAAAGUGGCCUCGUACUGAGCCAGAAUCUGUGUCAGGAUUGUUAAUGAAAAGACCCUGUUUUCAUAGCAGUUCAUUGAGGAGACUUCCAUGCAGAAAGAGAUUUGUAAAAAAUAAUUCCUCACAGAGGACACAGAAACAAAAAGAGAGGAUAUUAAUGCAGAGGAAAAAACGAGAAGUGUUAGCCCGAAGAAAAUAUGCACUGCUACCCAGUUCUAGUAGUUCCAGUGAGAACGACCUCAGCAGUGAGUCCUCUAGCUCAUCAACUGAAGGAGAAGAGGAUUUGUUUGUUUCUGCUAGUGAAAACCACCAAAACAAUUCAGCUGCUCCCUCAGGAAGUAUUGAUGAAGACGUUGUGGUGAUAGAAGCUUCCUUCACUCCCCAGGUCACUGCCAAUGAAGAAAUUAAUGUUACCUCAACUGACAGUGAAGUGGAGAUUGUAACAGUUGGGGAAAGCUGUCGGUCUCGUUCAACCCUUGGACACUCCAGAUCUCAUUGGAGUCAAGGUUCAGGCUCCCACACUGGUAGAGCACAGGAGCCCCGGAGCCGCAGUAGGGUUUCUACUGUGAUACAGCCCCUGAGGCAGAGUGCAGCAGAGGUGGUGGAUCUCACUGUUGAUGAAGACGAACCUACUGUAGUACCAACCACUUCUGUGAGAAUGGAAUCACAAACUACUAGUGCUUCCGUUAACAAUUCAAAUCCAUCUACCUCUGAGCAGGCCUCUGAUACUGUUUCAGCUGUCACCAGUAGCCAACCUUCCACAGUAUCAGAGACUUCACCUACUCUUACAAGCAACAGUACAACUGGUACUUCUAUAGGAGACGAAUCAAGAAGGACUGCCUCUAGUGCUAUGACAGAAACUGGUCCCCCUGCAAUGCCAAGGCUCCCCUCCUGCUGUCCCCAGCACUCACCAUGCGGAGGACCAUCACAGAAUCUCCACGGACUGGGACACGCACACACAGGCUGCUUUCAGCAGCACGGCCAUCAUUUCCAACACCACCACCACCACCACCAUCCUCCCCACCCAGCUGUUCCGGCUUCUCCUACCUUCAGUGACCCUGCCUGCCCCGUGGAAAGACCUCCACAAGUACAGGUGCCCUGUGGGGGAAAUAGUGGCUCUAGUACCAGCUACCAUGACCAGCAGGCAUUGCCGGUAGACCUGAGCAACAGUGGGAUCAGGAGUCAUGGAAGUGGUGGUUUUCAUGGAGCAUCUGCGUUUGACCCCUGCUGUCCUGUUUCUUCUUCCCGAGCUGCAAUCUUUGGCCAUCAGGCUGCGGCUGCUGCCCCGAGCCAGCCACUGUCCAUAGACAGCUAUGGAACAAGCCUGGUCGCCCAGCCCCAGCCCCAGCCCCCUCCUCAGCCCUCUCUCUCUUCAUGUCGGCAUUAUAUGCCACCUCCUUAUGCUUUGACGAGGCCACUUCACCACCAAGCUCCUGCCUGCCCCCAUUCUCAUGGAAAUCCCCCUCCCCAGACUCAGCCUCCACCCCAAGUGGAUUAUGUUAUCCCUCAUCCUGUGCAUGCUUUCCAUUCUCAAAUGACUUCUCAUGCAACAUCUCAUCCUGUGGCAGCCCCACCCCCCACCCACUUGGCCAGCACAGCUGCGCCAAUCCCUCAGCACCUUCCUCCUGCGCACCAGCCCAUCUCACACCACAUGCCGGCUGCGGCGCCACCCUCACAGAGACUGCACCCACACGAAGUCAUGCAGAGGAUCGAGGGCCAGAGGAGGAGGAUGAUGCAGCAUCCAACUGGUCUUUUUAUGUUCUGUGUUUCCAGGCGGGCACAUGAGCGCCCCCCACCCCACCCCCACAGGAUGCACCCGAACUAUGGUCAUGGGCACCAUAUUCAUGUGCCUCAGACUAUGUCCUCACACCCUCGACAGGCUCCCGAGCGAUCUGCCUGGGAGCUGGGCAUCGAAGCUGGAGUGACCCCCGCCACCUACACACCUGGUGCCUUGCACCUGGGCCAUUACCACGCGCCACCUCGGCUCCACCACCUACAGCUCGGAGCACUGCCUCUAAUGGUUCCUGACAUGGCAGGCUAUCCUCACAUUCGUUAUAUUUCAUCAGGCCUGGACGGAACAUCAUUCAGAGGUCCUUUUAGGGGCAAUUUUGAGGAACUAAUUCAUUUGGAGGAAAGAUUAGGAAACGUCAAUCGUGGAGCAUCCCAGGGGACUAUUGAAAGAUGUACAUAUCCACAUAAAUACAAAAAGGUAACAACUGAUUGGUUCUCACAGAGGAAACUGCACUGCAAACAAGAUGCAGAAGAAGCGACUGAGGAAGAUACAGAGGAGAAAUGUACGAUCUGCUUGUCUAUCUUAGAGGAAGGUGAAGAUGUGAGGCGCCUUCCAUGUAUGCACCUUUUCCACCAAGUGUGUGUUGACCAGUGGCUGAUCACCAAUAAGAAGUGCCCCAUCUGCAGAGUGGACAUUGAGGCUCAGCUGCCAAGUGAAAGUUGACACCAUGUUUCCGAACUCUCGCCCUUCCUCUCGCCCCAUCCUCUCUGGUACUGCAGUCAACCAAAGAUGGCAUGACCUACCUGCGCAGAUUUGGAAGCAUCAGAUUAAGAGUGCUGGCUCUGCUAUGUGGUACAACUAAUGCUAGACCUACAAUUUAUGUAUAUGGUUGAUUUUGAUGUAUUUAUAAAAGCUUUUUUUCCCUAGAUUUGACAUUUCUUCCUGUAUCAUUUUACUGUAUUUUUGCAUGGUUCCUUGUAUUGCAUUUCUUUGCACAUAUUAUGGGCUUGUGAGCCUAAACUUGCAGGCAAGAUUAGCUGCUUUAGUAAGUAGGAUUUUUGUGGUCUUUUUUUUUUUUUACAUAGUACCAAGCCUUGAGAAUUAUGCAUUUUUUUUAUCCAUUACUAACCUUUAAUUUAAUCAAUCAUGUACUUUAGUUUAAUGUAUAAAGAUCCUCUAGAAAAUGAUAAUAUUGUGUAUUAAGACAUUCCUUAACUAGGACAAAUGGCUGCUGUAUAUUUACAAUAUGGAAUUCUGAGUUAACUGCCAUCCUUAGUACUGGGAACAGAAUACAACCCCUAUUCAUUCGGAUGCAGGUGGUACACACAUCACCAGAGUGAUCAAUAUAAAUUUUCUUGGUGUAUCAUUUUCCUUCCAGCACAGUGCAGAUAGAGUUGAAUAUUGAUACCAUAAAUUUAGACUGCUGUUCUGAUUGUAUUUAUCUUUUUCUACAUCAUUUAGAACUUUAUUUCCCUAAUUCAGUUUUUGCUGCUGUGAAACAGCUUUGAUGAACACUAAAUAUUAAUUUCAGUUAGCUGAAUUGUACAUACUUGCAGAUUUAACAAAAUUUUAGGGAAAUUGAAAAAGACAUGUAGAAUUUUGUUCAGUCAUUUGCUAAGCACGAAUUAAGAUAUCUGCUUACAUUAAUUUUGUAAACCCAUUCAACCAAGGUUUAGAAUUUCAGUUGUUGGCAGGUAUCUGUGCAUUUUGUAGAGCGUCUGAGGAUCCCAGGAUUACUUUGAAGGGAUUUUUAUUAGUUUAAAGCUAAAUAAAAUCAGCUGAAUCUACAUGUCUCUUGUUUUAUUUCUCUCUAAACUUGAAAACAAUAAAUCUGCAGAUACUGUGAGGCACAAAUCAUGCUGUCAACUACUGUUGCUAUGGUUAUAGACCCCACUUCAUACAUUACCAAGAGUCGAUCACUGAUUUAAAAUUUUUAAUUUCUAUAGUUAAGAUAUACUGCAUAAUAUAGAGUAUAAAGUUAAGUUAACAUACUAACAUUUCUCCUUUGGAGGAAGUUUUAAUCCACUUCAGGAUGCAUAUUAUUGAGAUACUUUCAUAUACAGGAUAGCCUAAUUUUAUUGGUUUAAAUAUGCCUAAUAUGCUCCAGAUUGCAAAUGCAUCCAGUCAGUAAUAACGCUGUCUGUAUGUGGAAGACAUGUUCUCAUGGAUCAGUUGUGGAGAUGUCAAUAAGCUUGCAUUAAGCCACCUGCUUUGUAAGUGGAUUGAUUAAUAAAUAACUUAUAUUUCUAUUGUC